AUGUCCUCGAGUAGGGCCAAGAAAGUGAAGAUGGCCACCAAGUCCUGCCCGGAGUGCGACCAGCAGGUCCCUGUUGCAUGUAAAUCAUGUCCCUGUGGCUACAUAUUUAUUAGCCGAAAACUCUUACAUGCUAAACGUGCUGAGAGAUCACCACCCAUCACAGAAAACAAGAGUGAGGCCAAAAGGAGACGGACAGAGAGAGUUAAGCGAGAGAAGAUAAAUUCUGCAGUAAAUAAAGACUUAGAAAACAGAAAAAGAUCCAGGUCUAACAGCCAUUCAGAUCAUAGCAGACGAGGAAGAGGAAGACCUAAGAGUGCGUCAGCCAAAAAGCACGAGGAAGAAAGAGAGAAACAAGAAAAAGAAGUUGACAUGUAUGCUAACCUUUCAGAUGAGAAGGCCUUCGUAUUUUCAGUGGCCUUGGCGGAAAUAAACAGAAAAAUAAUCAACCAAAGACUUAUUCUGUAACU